AUGGAAGCCUCUGCUUUGAACCCAAGAAACUCUCAUCAUAUCCGCUCAAGCAGCUGGCCCUCAAAGACACACCCGUUCAUUGAUCAAGUCGACGAGCAUUUAUGCAGACUGAAGGAGGCCUCAGAAGCCACAUCAUCAACUUCAUCUGAACUAUGCCAUAAACUAAAUGGCCUUCAGGAUUUGCAUGAUUGCAUUGAUAGGUUGCUUCUGUUGCCUCUCACCCAAAAUGCUCUGGUCCAAGAGAGUGAUAAGAGAUGGCUCGAUGAUAUACUCGAAGGAUCUGUCAGACUUUUGGACUUGUGUGACAUAGCUAAGGAUGCACUGUUGCAGACAAAAGAAUGUGUCCACGAACUAGAGUUGGUAUUGCGCAGAAGAAGGGGAGGUGAAAUGUUCAUAGCAAACGAGCUUCAGAAAUGCUUAAGUGCUAGGAAGUUGGUAAAGAAAACAAUCUAUAAAGCCUUGAAGACAGUUGAAACCAAAAGUUGCGAGAAAAGUCAAGCCACUCCGGCCAUCGUCAGCUUGUUGAAACAGGUUGAAGCAAUCAGUUACAACAUUGUCGAAUCCUUGUUGUCUUUCAUAGCAGGACCCAAGUUGCCAUCAAAUUCAAGCCGUUGGUCUCUCAUUUCCAAGCUUGUGCAACCCAAGAGGAUAGCCUGCGAAGUUGAAGAAGCAAGUAAAAAUGAAGUGGCAAUGGUUGAUGCUGCAUUAUAUACAGUUUCCAGUCAAAAAACAAAUAAACCUGAUUUUCUUGUGCAAGUUGACAAUUUGCAGAGUUCAUUGAAAAUAUUUGGUUCAAACAUUCAAGAAGUUGAAGGUGAUCUUGAGGCUCUAUACAAGCGCCUUAUUAAAACUAGAGUCUCACUUCUCAACAUCUUCAACAACUAA